AAUGAAUACACACCAGACUGUAAAACCACAGCAGAAACAACAGCAGAAACAUUUGCAGUGACUGCUACAACUAGUCUAACAAGGACAUCUCAAGAACCAACUACAGAGCAAAUAAUUACUGUCACAAAUGAGCUAUCCACUACACAACCAACAACAGAAUUUACCAUUAUAUCCGAAUACGCAACAGAAAGUACAACAACAGCAGAAACAACUGCAGAAACAACUGCAGGGACCACUACAAAUAUUCUAACAAGUACACUUCAGGAACCCACAAUUAAAGAAGAAAUAACAAGUGAUUCUAUAAUUACAACUGAAUACACAACAGAACGUACAACCACAACAGAAACAACAGCAGAAACAAGUGCAGUGUCUGCUACAUCUGGUCCAACAAGUACAACUCAGGAACCGACUGCAGAGCAAAUAACAACUGUCACAAAUGAACUAUACACUACACAACCAACAACAGAAUCAAGUGCAGUGUCUGCUACAUCUGGUCCAAAAAGUACAACUCAGGAACUGACUCCAGAGCAAAUAAUGACUGUGACAAAAGAUCUAUCCACUACACAACCAACAACAGAAUUUACCAUUAUAUCUGAAUACACAACAGAAAGAACAACAACAGCAGAAACAACUGCAGUGACCACUACAAAUAUUCUAACAAGUACAAUUCAGGAAUACACAAUUAAAGAAGAAAUAACAACUGAAUCUAUAAUUACAUCUGAAUACACAACAGAAAGUAGAACCACAGCAGAAACAACAGCAGAAACAAGUGCAGUGUCUGCUACAUCUGGUCCAAAAAGUACAACUCAGGAACCAACUGCAGAGCAAAUAAUUACUGUCACAAGUGAGCUAUCCACUACACAAUCAACAACAAAAUCUACAAUUACUAAUGAAUACACACCAGACAGUACAACCACAGCAGAAACAUUUGCAGUGACUGAUACAACUAGUCUAACAAGUACAUCUCAAGAACCAAAUACAGAACAAAUAAUUAAUGUCACAAAUGAGCUAUCCACUACACAACCAACAAAAGAAUUUAUCAUUACAUCCGAAUACAGAACAGACAGGACAAUCACUGCAGAGACAAAUGCAGUGUCUGCUACAUCUGGUCCAAAAAGUCUAUCUCAGGAACCAACCACAGACCAAACAACAACUGUCACUAGAGGGCUAUCCACCACACAACCAACAUCUGAAUCUACAAUUACAAUUAAAUACACAUCAUAUAGUACAGCCACGGCGGAAACAACAGUAGAAACAACUGCAGAAUCAUUUGCAUUGACCGCUCCAACCCAUCUAACAAGCAGAUCUCAAGAACCAACUGCAGAGCAAAUAUCAACUGUCAAUAGAGAGUCAUCCACUGCACAACCAACAAAAGAAUUUACAACUGAAUACACAACAGAAAGCACACCCACUGCACCACCAGCAGGAACAGCAGUAGAAAUAACUUCAGUGGCUGCUAUAACCAGUUUAACAAGUACAAUUCAAGACCAAACUGCAGAACAAGCAACCACUGUUAUAAAUGAGCAAUCUGCUACACAACCAACAAAAGAAUCUACAUUUACUGAAUGCACAACAGAAAGUACAACAACUGCAGUGAACACUACAUCCUGUCUAACAAGUAAAAUUCAGCAACCCACAAGUACAGAAGAAAUUUCAACUGUCAAAAUUGAAACUUCCACUGCACAAACAACAUCAGAUUUGACUAUUACAACUAAAUACAACACAGAACAUGAAACAACAACAGCAGAAUCACCUGUCAUAACAAGUUCAACCAGUCUAAAAGGUAGAACUGAAGAACCAACAAUUUCAGGUCAAACAACAACUGUCACCAGUGAGCUAUCUACAACACAACCAAAAACAAAUUUCACCAUUACAUCUGAAUACACAGCAGAAAGUACAACCACAGCAGAAACAACAUCAGCAUCAACAGCAAAAAAAACUUCCUCUGAAAGCACUAUUUUUCCAACAAUCACUAAAAUCACUGAAAUAAAUUUAUCAACAGUUACCCCAAUGCCAAAAAGUAGACCUCAGGUAACAGCAACUACAAAGGAGACUAAUACAAAUAUACUAUUAGCAUCCACGACAACAACAAAAAAUAUAUUUACCAUAGAAUCAGGUUUUACAAAACCAGCAACUGCAGCUUCAGCAACAAUAUCUGGUUCAGCUAUGGUUCAGAGCAUUAUGGUCUUCAGCAGUUCCUCUCCUGUUCCCCCUGAGAGUUUGGUCCUCAGCACAAUACAGGAUCUUCUGAGUGCUCGACUGCCAAACCUUACUGAUCCUCUAACAGUGCUGAACUUCACCUAUGAGAAGCUUUCAGACACCUCCUAUGUGGUCACCUUCACAUUGAACAUCAAUAACAUCAGCAUACCAGAGAACCCUGACCUCAGGAACAACACCUACAACACAGUGCAGAGCAUCGUCAAUAACGCUCUAAACAUCCUUCUAAAUGAACCUGGUUCACAAGAAUUUGACCCCCAGAUCUCUUUCUUCAUGAGCUCAGGAAACAAAGCUAAUGGCAGCAUGGAUUACCACUUCCAAGAUGGAGACACCAAAACACCAGCAGCUUUCCUCAGUAGGCUCAUGACUCAGAAUGUCUCCACUACAACGGCUUCUACCUCACCUAUAGGAACUGCCGCUUUGUCAUCAGCAUCAACUCCAUCAGUAGAAUCUGGUUCAGCUAUGGUUCAGAGCAUUAUGGUCUUCAGCAGUUCCUCUCCUGUUCCCCCUGAGAGUUUGGUCCUCAGCACAAUACAGGAUCUUCUGAGUGCUCGACUGCCAAACCUUACUGAUCCUCUAACAGUGCUGAACUUCACCUAUGAGAAGCUUUCAGACACCUCCUAUGUGGUCACCUUCACAUUGAACAUCAAUAACAUCAGCAUACCAGAGAACCCUGACCUCAGGAACAACACCUACAACACAGUGCAGAGCAUCGUCAAUAACGCUCUAAACAUCCUUCUAAAUGAACCUGGUUCACAAGAAUUUGACCCCCAGAUCUCUUUCUUCAUGAGCUCAGGAAACAAAGCUAAUGGCAGCAUGGAUUACCACUUCCAAGAUGGAGACACCAAAACACCAGCAGCUUUCCUCAGUAGGCUCAUGACUCAGAAUGUCUCCACUACAACGGCUUCUACCUCACCUAUAGGAACUGCCGCUUUGUCAUCAGCAUCAACUCCAUCAGUAGAAUCUGGUUCAGCUAUGGUUCAGAGCAUUAUGGUCUUCAGCAGUUCCUCUCCUGUUCCCCCUGAGAGUUUGGUCCUCAGCACAAUACAGGAUCUUCUGAGUGCUCGACUGCCAAACCUUACUGAUCCUCUAACAGUGCUGAACUUCACCUAUGAGAAGCUUUCAGACACCUCCUAUGUGGUCACCUUCACAUUGAACAUCAAUAACAUCAGCAUACCAGAGAACCCUGACCUCAGGAACAACACCUACAACACAGUGCAGAGCAUCGUCAAUAACGCUCUAAACAUCCUUCUAAAUGAACCUGGUUCACAAGAAUUUGACCCCCAGAUCUCUUUCUUCAUGAGCUCAGGAAACAAAGCUAAUGGCAGCAUGGAUUACCACUUCCAAGAUGGAGACACCAAAACACCAGCAGCUUUCCUCAGUAGGCUCAUGACUCAGAAUGUCUCCACUACAACGGCUUCUACCUCACCUAUAGGAACUGCCGCUUUGUCAUCAGCAUCAACUCCAUCAGUAGAAUCUGGUUCAGCUAUGGUUCAGAGCAUUAUGGUCUUCAGCAGUUCCUCUCCUGUUCCCCCUGAGAGUUUGGUCCUCAGCACAAUACAGGAUCUUCUGAGUGCUCGACUGCCAAACCUUACUGAUCCUCUAACAGUGCUGAACUUCACCUAUGAGAAGCUUUCAGACACCUCCUAUGUGGUCACCUUCACAUUGAACAUCAAUAACAUCAGCAUACCAGAGAACCCUGACCUCAGGAACAACACCUACAACACAGUGCAGAGCAUCGUCAAUAACGCUCUAAACAUCCUUCUAAAUGAACCUGGUUCACAAGAAUUUGACCCCCAGAUCUCUUUCUUCAUGAGCUCAGGAAACAAAGCUAAUGGCAGCAUGGAUUACCACUUCCAAGAUGGAGACACCAAAACACCAGCAGCUUUCCUCAGUAGGCUCAUGACUCAGAAUGUCUCCACUACAACGGCUUCUACCUCACCUAUAGGAACUGCCGCUUUGUCAUCAGCAUCAACUCCAUCAGUAGAAUCUGGUUCAGCUAUGGUUCAGAGCAUUAUGGUCUUCAGCAGUUCCUCUCCUGUUCCCCCUGAGAGUUUGGUCCUCAGCACAAUACAGGAUCUUCUGAGUGCUCGACUGCCAAACCUUACUGAUCCUCUAACAGUGCUGAACUUCACCUAUGAGAAGCUUUCAGACACCUCCUAUGUGGUCACCUUCACAUUGAACAUCAAUAACAUCAGCAUACCAGAGAACCCUGACCUCAGGAACAACACCUACAACACAGUGCAGAGCAUCGUCAAUAACGCUUUAAACACUUUUCUAAAUGGACCUGGUGCAGAAACCUUCAAACCCCAGAGCUCUUUCUUCAUGAGCUUAGGAAUCCAGGUUAAUGGAAGCAUGGAGUACUAUUUCAAAGAUGGAGACACCAAAACACCAGCAGCUUUCCUGGAUGAGGUUAAACCUAUAUUAGGAAAUGUCCUGAUAUACAUUCGACUUGUUUUUAAGAAUUUGACCAAAGUACCUAGUGAAGCUGAUGUUGUCAAAGCUGCUAAUUCUCUGCUGGACUCAAAGAUCAGAAAAGCACGAGAUCUUACAACACAAAAACUGAAUGACCCUGUGAGCAUCCAGAACAUCACUUAUGAACAAAUCAAUGAAAAGUCAUACAAUAUUACAUUUGGAUUCCAAAUCAGCAAUGUGACCAUCUCCAGAAACAUGCAGCUGAGGAAUGAAACAUGUAAUUUAAUCCAAAACACCAUUAACCAAUUGCUGAACACUAUCCUGAAUGGCAGAAGUGCUACUCCGUUUGUCUUCCCUAAAGCAACCUACACGUUUAAUCGUACAGAAAUUGUGGCUAAUUCAGAAUACAUCUUUGUGGAAGGUGUCACCCAGUUUACACCAAGUGGAUUUCUUUUUGAAAUACUCAAGAUUAGUGGUCUGUCAAUCUCCACCACUCCUGCUGCUCAAACAGAUGCCCCCAUCUAUGUAGUCCUGAGGCCUACAGUCCAAGCAAACACCACCACCACUGGUGGAAGUUCUGCAUGGAUCCUGGGUAUCAUUAUUCCCUGCAGUAUAGUCAUUAUUCUCAUACCAUGCUGGAUUCUACUCUGUUGUUUGCUGUGUGGUUGCUGUGCUGGUUUAAGGAGGCGCUACAAAAGAAGACGAUCCUACAACACUGAAUAUAGAACACAUAAUGGACUCUAUUUUUGAGUGUAAAAUACAACAAAGAUUUAACGUGUAAACAUUAAGAUCUAUUUCAACAAAGUUUCUUUUGUUCUAUUUAUUAAUUUCUUGUAUUUAUAUUACUCUAUUUAUUGUUUCAUUUAAUCAUUAGGCUAUUUUAUUUAGCUGUACACUGCCUAUAUAUAAUUAAUAAUCACAGUAAUCAAUCUUUUAAAAAUUCUA